AUGGGUACUUUGGAGGCGAAGAAGACAAUGAAAUACAAGAGAUCGCGACGACUUGAUCAAGAUCAAUGUUAUAAUUCCCCGACACUUGCAUCUCUUCCCCGAGACAUGCUGAUGGAAAUCCUAGUACGGGUCGCCUCUGCUUCUUUCACCGAUCUGUUCAACGCCAAAAUAAGCUGUAAAGAUUUUCUAGAGUUGGCAGAGGAGGAUUCUAUAUUCCAACACGUAUCGCUAGAGAAAUUCUCAGUCAUUCCAUGGAAUACAAGCAGUGAAGCAUCGUCAUUCUUGGAACGCUGCAAAGACUGCGGCAAUCCCGAGUCCCUAUACAGACAAGGAAUGGUUUCUUACUUCAGUUACAGAAUGACAGAGGUAGGGUUCGAGUCCUUGAAAAAAGCUGCAGAGAAAGAACACGUGGAAGCAACGUAUGUCUAUGGGAUUAUACUACUUUGCUCGGGAGAUCAUGAAUCAAAACAGCAGCAGCAAGGCAUAAAGAUUUUAUCUUCUCUGAAAGCUAAAUCGGGACGUUCGAGAAUGAAAGAGUGUCGAGACAAAGUGAGGACGAUGUUGUGGCGAUAUAUGUGGUGGUUUAAGAACAACAGUUUUGGGAAACAGCAGCUGUCGUGUUCACGUAAAGAACCAUGCAAACUGCAGAUCAAGAGGAACGAAUGGUUAUCCAUUGACGAGUUAGUGGAUGAAUACGACGAUAUUCUGUGUGAAACUUGCAGAUCCAAUCGUGAAGUGACUUGGUUCUAUUAUAUGCAGCAUGGAAUUGGAGAUUAA